CUGUUUUUUAGUGGGGAUGUUUUUUUUUGUUUAAAUAGUGACAAGAUAUCAUUGUACACACCCACCACCAUAUUCACAUAUAAAUGUACUAAUAAAUCAUACGUACACACCUUGUUUUCGAAUUUAUUCUGUUUUAUGUAUUUUGAUUUCUAUGUCCGUAUUCUCAUCAAAUCAAUUGUUGAUGACAUAUUUCAUAUAUUUAAAUCAUCCACAUAUCUACAUAUUUUACAUUUGUUGCAAUAAAAACAAUACGCCCAUAACAUCAUAAUAAUAAUAAUAAUACAUCAUAACCCACCCAUUUUAUCACUGCUUUUUUUCUGUUUUCAAUAUUGAUUGAUCUCAUCUUUAUUAUUGAUCUUUUGUUUUUGAACAACAACUACAACCAAUUACAGAAUGUCUCAAGUAUCCGUAUCGCCAAGCCCAAGACAUUCAAGCUAUCAUCAUCAAUUACCUGCAAAUAGUAGUCCAACAUCAACCAUCAGUGAUGAUGAUGAUCUAAGUAAUCAUUCGGAUUCACCAAAUGAUCUCAGAACAGCUCAGAAAUCAUCACGACAUCAUAGUAGCGGUGGAUUUGGAAAUGGUACAGGAAGUGGCUAUCAUUCAUUCUAUUCACCACCACAAUCACAUCAUAAUAGUGGAUCAAAUAGUUCACAUUCACAACAACCACAAUAUGUUGCAACUAAUGAAUGUCGUCUUAUUGAAUAUCGUGGACAUCGUAUUGCAGCAUUUUUGGCUGCAAAUCGUCAAGGAGAAUAUCUGCUUUGUUUACCACAGGCAUUUGAAUUAUUCUUGAAACAUUUGGUUGGUGGCCUCCAUACAGUGUAUACUAAACUUAAGCGUUUAGAUAUUGUACCGAUCGUAUGUAAUGUUGAACAGGUACGAAUUCUACGUGGAUUAGGAGCAAUACAACCAGGUGUGAAUCGUUGUAAAUUACUAUCAGCAAAUGAUUUCGAUGUACUAUACAAAGAUUGUACAACUGCUCGUUGGCCUGGUCGUCCACCUAAACGUAGUUCAGGAAUACCAAGUCCAGAACCAGGAAAUUAUGGUACCGUACCAGGAUCGCAUAUGACAACAUCACAACAACAACAACAAGCGGCCAAUAAUUUAUUACCAUUAUUGGGUUUUACUAGUGCAGCUGCAGCAGCCGCUGCUGUAUCGAAUAAUAAUUCAAAUAAUGGCAAUGGUGGUGGUACUGGUGGUGGCAAUGAAAAUAUUAAUAAUAAUGGCGGUAGUAAUGGUGGUGGUAAUAAUAAAAAAGCCAGAUAUUCAUCAUCCGAUUUGGAAUGCGAUUAUGAUCUCGAUUUAAAACAAUUGAAUAGUGGCAAUGUGAAUCAUACGACAUCGGCAUCAGUAGCGGCAGCAAAUUCAGCCGCAACGGCUGCUACAGCGGCAGCAGCAAUGUUAGCUGCAAAUGGUUAUACUGCAGCUGCAUUUCCAUUUUUACAACAUUUAAGUGCAGCAGCCGCUGCACAACAUCAACAGCAGCAGCAACAACAACAACAACAGAAUUCAUUAUCAAACCAGAAUCAUCAUCAAACAACAACAACAACAACGACAACACCGAUAACAACAUCAAUAUCAUCAAGAGAACGUGAACAACGUGAACGUGAACGUGAACAACAGCUUGUAGCCGCUGCUGCAGCUCUUGGAUUACCAACAUUAUCCUCAUCAUCAUCAACAACGACAACAUCAACAAAUAGAUUUGGUAACAGUAGUCCACCACCAGGUAUCACUCCACAUAACCAUCACCAUCAUCAUCAUCAUCAUCAUCAGCCACAUCAUCAACAACAGCAGCAACAACAACAACAUUAUUCAUCGUCACCAUCGAUAACAACAACAUCGACGACAUCAGCUGUUGGAUCAUCAUCAACAACUACAACAAUAACUGGAAAUAAUUCAGGAAAUUUUGGUUCAUCAUCAUUAUCUUCUUUGGGUAAUGGCGGAAAUAGAAAUAAUGAUGGAAUUGGUAUCGGUGGUUCGAAUACAUCACCAACAAUAUCAUCAUCAACCAAUUCGAUAACUGGAACGACAAUGGAUAAUAAUCAUCAUCAUCAACAACAACAAGCAGUUGCGGCAGCUGCAGCUGCGGCUGCUGCAGCGGCAGCAGCCGCUGCUGAUUUUAAUCCAACUGCAGCAUAUUUGUGGUUAUUAUCGCAACAACAACAACAUUUACCGAAUGCAGCGGCAGCUGCAGCUGCAUUGAAUCUAAGUAAUCGUAAUUCUUUAACCGGUAUUGAUGGUCUACAAGCAGCGGCUAAUAAUUUCCUGAAUGGAUCCGCUUCAUUUGAUAAAAAUAAUUUGAAUUCAAAUUCCAUCAACAACAAUAAUGGCAAUUCAAGUAAUUCGGCUACACCAACUAUAUCUUUGAAUGGUGGUAUCAGUGAUUUGAUCAAUGAAAAAUCAUUGACAAACAAUUUAUUAUCAUCAACAAUUGGUAUUGAUGAUGGUGGUAGUAAUGAAAAUCAUCAUAUAACAUCAGGAAGACAUAAUAAAAUGGAUCAUCAUCAUCAUCAUUCGAAAAAUCGUUCAUUGGAUAAAUCUUCUUUAUUUCAUAAUUCAAAUAAUAAUGAUACAGAUCAAUCGACACAUAAAUCAUCAUUGAUCAAUGGUAAUCGUGAUGAUGAUGGUGUUGAUAGUAAUCAUAGUGGUGGUAGUGGUAGUAAUCGUAGUGAUAAUCUUAACUAUAAUGGUAUUGGAAACAAUGGUAUAACUGGACGAAAUUAUCCAUUUGAUAAUCCUCAUCACCAUCAUCAUCAUCAUCAUCAUCGUAAUCAAAAUAAUAAUUCAACAAUUGAAUCCUCAAUAUCGAAUGGAUUGGCAACCACAACAACGAGCUCAGCAGCAGCAGCAGCCGAAGCAGCAUCAUCAACAUCAUCGAUUAUUGGACAGUCAUUACAACAACAAACGGCCGUACAUCAAUUGUUGAAUCAAUCAUUGCAACAACAAUCGCAUCAACAACCGGAACAUUGUCUAGAGACAUUAUUACGAAAUAUUGAAGGUUUAUUAGCUAUUGCAGCACAUAAUGCACGACAACAACAAGCACAACUUCAGUUACAAAAAGCUGAAAUACGUAAUGAAUAUUCAAAUCAAUUGGAACGUGAACGUGAACUACGUGAACAUGUGGAAAAACAAUUGAAUGAAGAGCAAAAAAUUCGAGUAAUAUAUCAGAAACGAUUUAAAAAAGAACGUAAACUUCGACGUAAAUUAGAGAACGAGCUUCAACAUCAACAUCAUCAUGGUGGUAGUAAAAAAUCAACAUUGACAACCUUAUCAUCAUCAUCAUCAUCAUCAGCAACAACAACAUCGACAACAACAACAACAACGACAACCCAAAUGGGCAGUCAUAAUAACAAUAAUUUAUCAAUGGCCAAUAAUAGUAAUAAUAACAAACAACAACAAUAUAGUCCACAAACAGUCAAUAAUAAUACAAUAGUUGCUAACAAUAAUAAUAACUCAUCAUCAUCAUCAUCCUCACCAUUAUCUAAUGAUAAUAAUGGGUCAAUGACCAACCAAAAUAGCCAAUCACAGCAACAACAACAACAACAACAAAAUACAAAUAACAAUGGCAAUAAUAAUAAUAAUAACAAAUCACCGACAACAACAACAACAGCAUUAUCACCACCAUCAUUGUCAUCAUCAUCGUUACCGCCUACACCACCGACGCCAUCAACAAUACAACAACAGGCACAACAAUCAUCAUCAUCGACAACAACUGGACACAGCAACAACAACAACAAC